CUGAAGGUGCAUCCUGUGUUUUCCUGUUUUUUUGGUAAAUUAUUCAAUGCAGAAGAUCCAAAGGAACAAAAGAUGUACAACAUAUUAGCAAAUUGAAGAGGGAAUUCGAUAACUACAUGGUGAAAAAGAUUGAUGCAAGAGUUGACAAUCCUGGGGGUCCCAGUGAGUGACUCUCACUGGCCCCGAGCGCUGGGGCCCCCUCUUUGCCAGGAUGAGGAGGCAGAAGGCAGGACAGAGCUCGAGCUCCAUGUUCUCCAUCAGAUCCAGAGGAGGAGCCGUCGACACCGCACCAUCUUCACCGAGGAGCAGCUGGAGGCUCUGGAAGCCAUGUUCAAGCGGAACCAGUACCCGGAUGUGGUAACUCGGGAACAGCUGGCAAUCCAGGUGCAUCUGCGGGAGGAGCGGGUGGAGGUCUGGUUCAAAAAUCGAAGAGCAAAGUGGAGACGACAGAAUCGAACCUCAUCUGAAUCAGAAGCAGCAACGAACUAAGUUGCAGAAGUGGAGCUUUGCCUAAUGUUCCUCAGCUCCCAACCUUAUCUGUAAA